AUGGCUUCACACGAAUUUGCAGACGAGAAAGGCGGAAAAACGACUGUUAUUUCCUCCACCCCCUCCGACUUUGUUCCCUCGGAAACCGAAAGUGCAGAAUUCGACACCGCCCCUCCUCCACCUCCCAGCGGUAUCCUCGCUCGACUGCGCCAUUAUGAAGCCCUCUUAGACGAUAAGCUUGGUGUAGAAAAAAAUGGCCCCGCGAGAAUACUGCCAGAGGAACGCAACCCUCCCCAUCAGGCUAUUAUGGCGCUGAUGUGGGCGAGUGGGACGAUGAAUUUGAGCUGCUUUGCUACAGGGUUCUUGGGGUGGGAGUUUGGGCUGGACUUGAAACAGAGCAUCUUGACAGUGAUAUUUGGGACGUUGCUUGGUAGCAUGGUUACGGGUUGGUGCGCAACACUCGGUCCCGGGACUGGUCUCCGUCAAGUUGCCAUCGCACGCUACAGCUUCGGCUGGUGGCCUUCCAAGAUCAUCGCUGCUCUUAAUGUCGUCGAGCAGUUGGGAUGGUCCUCUGUUGGCAGCAUCACUGGGGGUCUCGCUCUCUCCGCCGUCUCCGAUGGUAGGGUCUCACUCGUCCUGGGCGUCAUAAUCGUUGCAAUCCUUGGUCUGAUCUUCAGCUUCAUCGGACUUCGAGCCGUCCUUUGGUAUGAGUCAUGGGCAUGGGCGAUCUUCUUCGUCAUUUUCAUGAUCAUGUACGGCGAAGCCGCCAGUUUCGCAGACGUCAAAACGCCUUCGGCCCUAGAAGGACAAACGCUCUCAGGUACGGUGAUGACUCUACUUGCUAUCGUCUAUGGCUCGAGCUCCUCAUGGUCUUCGAUUGUGUCGGACUAUUAUGUGCAUUACCCUGUCAACACAUCCAAGACGAAGGUCUUCCUCCUCACGAGCAUGGGCAUUACCAUUCCUACCUGUAUCGGUAUGGUCAUGGGCUGCUGUGUUGGGUCUACAAUGGGAGUAAAUACCGAGUGGACGAAUGCAUACGACGAUGGACUCGGAUACUUGAUUCAGACGAUCCUGUUUCCCAGGGGCUUCGCCAAGUUCUUGCUUGUGGUGCUGGUCCUUUCUGGUAUUGGCAUCAACUGCAUAGCCAUCUACUCCGCUGCUUUGUCUAUCCAGCUCUUUGCAAGACCGCUGCAGGUAGUCCCACGCGCUUUCUGGACUCUCAUAAUCUUCGUUGGCAUUCUGCUCCUCGGAGUCGCUGGCCGCAAUCACCUCCUCGCUGUUCUUCAAAACUUCCUGUCACUUCUGGGUUACUGGAAUACAGCAUUCUUCGUCAUACUUUUCACCGAGCACUACAUUUUCCGCAAGGGCAGUCUUGAGAAUUAUAAUCUCGAGGUCUGGAACACGGAGUCGAAGAUGCCGAUCGGAAUUGCAGGCUUGAUUGCCUUCUUGUUAGGCAUCGUUGGAUGCAUUCUGGGCAUGGUGCAGACCUGGUACAUUGGUGUAAUCGCUGCCAUGAUUGGAGAGACUGGCGGAGAUAUUGGGAAUCAGUUGGCUUUUGCGUUUACGCUUAUCUCUUAUUUGCCGUUGCGAUACUGGGAAAGGGGUCGAUUCCCUGGGCGGUAG